AUGGUGGCUCACUGCAAGAACGAUGAGAAGUCCCACUAUGUUUGUCCAUCAUGCCGUAAAUGUCUGCAUUGUGAGGAUUGCCCAGGCCCCUCCAAGAAGGGCAGUCUGAUUCACAUGGAUGGCGAAAAGUCAAUUGCGCUUAUAGAAGACAUCCUCAAGGUGUGGCAUAAACGGGGGCACUGCUUCAAUUGUGAUGUGGGUAAGAAAUGGGGUGAUCCCUCACAAUAUAUCGACUGUAAGCUCGUUGAACAGCAGUCGUUACCUAUACAUCUUGAGGUACCCGUCAAGAUAAUUGAGAAGGGCCUGCUAAAGGCGCAUGGCAUUGCGGCGCCCGCUGUCUCAACGGCUUUUAAAUAUGAGCUUCGUGCCUAUGAACCGAGAAACAAAAAGCAUGGGGUUCUUGUGUGGGAGAGAAACCAUUUCGAACAGACGGAGCAGGAUAUGCGAGACCAUUGGGGUGGUAACCGGAAACUUAUGCUUUUGAGCCUUGCUUUCGAUCUGCGCGAUGUUUGGUCAGAUGAGAAUGUUCGAAAACAGAUAUACGAGCGAGCAGAGCGUGAAAGAGAAAGUGUCUUUCAGAGAAUAGAGGACAAUGAAGCUGAAGAGGUGGACGUAGAAGAUGGAGAUGAUGAAGAUGAGUUGCCAGAUAUGUACAUAGUUUGA